GGGACUGAGAUGACACUGGAUGAUAUGUCAUAUGCUGGUGGUGCAGCUUGUGUAGAUGAUAGAAAGUUGUGUUUACCAGGCACUCGCACUCAAGUGCUUGAGGAGAUUGAUCAGUGGAUCAACUGCACAGAAGCAGAUUGUCCCAAAGUGCUUCUCCUGACUGGGGUUGCUGGGUCAGGAAAAUCUGCUAUUGCCCACUCUGUGGCCAAAAAGUACCAUGAUUUGGGGAGAACAGGGGCAUCCUUUGCAUGCAAACGGGGUGAUUCAAGUAGAGAUGCCCAAAAGAUGUUCAGCACUAUGGCUAGAAAUCUUGCUGAUUGGAAUCAGACAUUCAAGUCUGAACUCAGUGAAAAAAUUACCAAUGAUAAGGAGCUGAGGACUACUACAAUUCCCAAAAGGCAGUUUGAGUCAUUUAUAGUUGAGCCUCUGAAUCAGGUGGAGAAAUCCCAGUGUGGUCCAUUGUUACUGGUAGUGGAUGCAGUAGAUGAAGCAGGAGGGGACAAAAACUCUGUUCUUGAAGCACUAGCUGGAAAAGCAGAUGAGCUACCAUUACAUGUCCGACUUCUUGUGACUGCUCGCCCAGAGUCAGAAAUUAUGGAUCAGCUUGGUAAAGACCAUAUUCAAAAGAUACAGUUGCAUCAUUCUCCUGAAGAUGUACAAACUUUUGUCCACCAAAAGCUGAAAGGUGUUGACCAGCUAAAGGAUGAUCAGAAAAAGCAGAUUAUUCUGAAAUCUGAAGGACUAUUUCAAUGGGCUUCAACUGUGUGCAAUGCAUUGUCCAAACCCCCAGCAGGAAAGACAUCUUCCAUUGUCUAUGAGCAAAUCAUGAAGUCAUCACACAAGAAUCGAGACUUGACUGCAUUGUAUGAAUCUAUCAUGGACAUUAUAUUUCCUGACCCUGAUGAAGACAGUAUGUCCAACUGCAGGAGUGUAUUGGCAUUUGUCUUUGGAACCAAAAUCCCACUACCGCUUGCUGCUAUUCAAACCUUGCAUGACUGCAAUGGUAAUAAAGGCAUUGCAGAAGCUACACUAAAGCAUAUGGGUUCUCUCUUAGCUGGAGUAACAGAGGGUGAUAGUGAUGCAGUUAGACCUUUGCACACUUCAUUCAGAGACUGGAUACUAGAUCCAAGCAACAAGUCCAGGUUUGGCAUAAAUAUGCCAGAUCACAUGCUGUAUUUAUGCCAGUCCCUUAUAAAAGUUAUGGAUCAAGAGCUCAGGUUUAACAUGGCUUGCAUACCAACUUCCUACCAAAGGAAUGAAGACAUAAAAGAGCUGAAAAAUGACAUUGAAGCCAACAUUACUAUUCAGCUGAAAUAUGCUUCAUGCCAUUGGAUGGAACAUGUGUCAGAUGUUGGUGAUAGAGACCUCCAGACCUUGAUCAGACACUGGUUACUUGAAAAACUAUUCUUUUGGAUCGAGGUUUUGGCUUUGAUGCAAAAACUGCCAACAGCAUCAAGCUGCAUGAACAUGCUCAGGCAUUGGGCUCAUGAUGAGGACAUCAAAAGCUUGGCUGCUGAUGCAUUGGCAUUCUUGACAGAGUACAAAGACCCUUUUUUGGAAUCUACAGCACAUCUAUAUAUUUCUGCACUGGUGUUUUUUCCUGAGGCAUCAUUUAUCAGGAAGAAACUCAUCAAUGCAAAAUUUACAUGUGCUGAUACUUCAUCUGGGUUGGUUACAAACUGGCCAUCUUCACAGGGAUGUGUGCUGAAACCAUUGGAGGGACACUCUGGCCCAACGAGCUCAGUUGCAUUCUCACCUGAUGGCAAACAUGUUGUGUCAGGCUCAGAUGAUAGGACCAUCAGAGUGUGGGAUGUUGCCACAGGAGUGUGUGUGCUGGAACCAUUGGAGGGACACUCUGAACUGGUGAACUCGGUUGCAUUCUCACCUGAUGGCAAGCAUAUUGUGUCAGGCUCAGAUGAUGAGACUAUCAGAGUGUGGAAUGCUGCUACAGGAGUGUGUGUGCUGGGUCCACUAGAAGGACACAAUUCUUUGGUGAAAUCAGUCGCAUUCUCACCUGAUGGCAAGCACAUUGUGUCAGGCUCAAAUGAUCAAACCAUCAGAAUAUGGAGUGCUACCAUAGGAGAGUAUGUGCUGGGUCCGUUGGAAGGACACUCUGGUUGGGUACACUCAGUUGCAUUUUCACCUGAUGGCAAACAUAUUGUGUCAGGCUCACAUGAUAAAACCAUCAAAGUGUGGGAUGCUGCAAUAGGAGAGUCCAUGCUAAAAUCAUUGGAAGGACACUCUGGCCCAGUGAGAUCAGUUGCAUUCUCACCUGAUGGCAAACAUGUUGUGUCAGGCUCAUGGGAUAAGACCAUCAGAGUGUGGGAUGCUGCCACAGGAGAGUGUGUGCUGGAACCAUUGGAGGGACACAAUUCUUCGGUGAAAUCAGUUGCAUUCUCACCUGAUGGCAAGCACAUUGUGUCAGGCUCAGAUGAUAAAACUAUCAGAUUGGUGAAUUCAGUUGCAUUCUCACCUGAUGGCAAGCAUAUUGUGUCAGGCUCAGAUGAUAGGACCAUCAGAGUGUGGAGUACUGCCACAGGGGAGUGUGCUCUGGGACCAUUGAAAGGACACUCUGGUGGGGUACACUCAGUUGCAUUUUCACCUGAUGGCAAACAUAUUGUGUCAGGCUCAUAUGAUGAAACCAUCAGAGCUCCAAACCAUACAAAUUCUUUAGGAAUCCCAUCCAGUUGGGCAUGGGAGGCUUACUAUGGGGAGAUCACUGGCUGGCUCAAAGACCCUGAUGGUAACUUGAUGCUGUGGGUGCCAAAGUGGGCUAGAGCAGGCCUGUACUGGGACAGAAACACAUUGGUCAUUUGUUCUGGUGCCAAGGUCAAGUUGGACAUGACAAAUUUUGUCCAUGGUACUGACUGGACCAAGUGCUACAUGUAA